ACAAGCCUCACUAGUACUAGGGAAAGUAUAUCCCACCCAUGCAAGGAAGUGCAGCAAGCUCUCCCAGUCCCCAGUCCCUAGUACAGGGCAGACACUUCUUGUGAGGAGAGAAAACCUUCGCCCAUUCAGGAUGAAAGUGGAGUUUGCACCUUUGAACAUCCCAUUGGUCAGACGGUUACAAACAGUAGCUGUUUUGCAGUGGGUUUUCUCUUUUUUACUGCUGGCACAAUGCUGUGUGGGACUGUUCCUCUUGUUGGUUCUUGCAAGACUCUGGCUUCUUGUGGCACUCUAUGUGCUCUGGCUGUACCUUGACUGGGAGACUCCACAGACUGGAGGGCGCCGGUGCGAGUGGGUGCGGAACUGGACAGUCUGGAGGUACUUCAAGGAUUAUUUUCCAAUAAAGAUAAUAAAGACAGCGGAUUUAGAUGCCCAGCACAAUUAUCUUCUUGGCUUUCAUCCUCAUGGUGUCCUUGUUGCUGGGGCCUUCGGAAACUUUUGUACCAACUACACAGGCUUUAAGGAGCAAUUUCCAGGCUUGACCCCAUACCUGCACAUACUCCCCUUCUGGUUCCGAUGCCCCUUCUUUCGGGAGUAUGCAAUGUCUGUGGGUCUGGUGUCUGCAUCCAAGAAGAGCGUGACACAUGUACUUAGCAAAGAGAAGGGAGGAAACGCGGCCAUUAUAGUCAUUGGGGGUGCGGAAGAAUCGCUGGAUGCCCACCCUGGAAAUCUGACCCUCCAUAUCCUGAAGAGGAAAGGAUUCAUUAAAGUGGCAUUGAAGAGAGGUGCACACUUGGUUCCAGUUUUCUCUUUUGGAGAGAAUGAGCUGUUCUUCCAGGUAUCAAACCCAAAAGGUUCCCUGCUGCGGAGUGUCCAAGAGAGGUUUCAGAAAAUAAUGGGCUUUGCCCUACCCCUCUUCCAUGCCCGUGGGAUCUUUCAGUAUAGCUUUGGAUUGUUGCCCUUCAGAAAGCCCAUUAACACAGUGGUUGGGAAACCCAUCCCAGUGGUGCAGACAUCAAAUCCCACACAAGAAGAAAUUGAAGAGCUGCAUCAAAAGUACCUAAAAGCUCUUCAGGAUCUCUUUGAAGAGAACAAGGGAGAGUAUGGGAUCCCAGAGCAUAAAAGUCUCCUCUUCACAUGACCUCCAUAUAUGUUUCUACUGUAUAUGUGGAAAUGGAACCACUUAAAUUUAUUGAUUCAAAACUCAUUUGCCUCCAGCUUCAGAUCAUCCAUGCAGAUCAGUAGGCCUGGAAAACUAGUGUGUUCAUCACCCUCACCCUAAUUUAUGAAGUACACUCCACCGUGUAAAGAUUUACAUACUGUAUAUACCAACAGAACUGGAAAGCUUUAGAGCUGUGAUCAUGUACUGUCUGUGCCACGAGGUUCGAUUAGUUUACCAGUGGAAUAUUUUGCCACCAUUUCAUUCAUUCAGAGUAACAUCAUAAAGCAUGUUAAAAGGGUAUCUCCAACAUUUAUAACCUAUUCAUAGGACUCGCCUAUCUCUGGAUCUGGCCCCUCUGACCUCUCUUUGGCCCUGAUGUGAAGGCCACGGAUGGCUGAAAUAAUGAAAACAUGAGAACCCACUAUUCUAUGGAUGUGCCAUAAAUACCUAAGAUGGGAAUACCCUUUAAAAAUAAUGUAUUCAGUUCAUGAGAAUUAUUAAUUGUUAUAAUGAGAACAUGAAUGGUGAAGUUUUGGCACAAGUGAUACAUACAGUUUGUAAUAAAGAAGGUACCGUAAUAAAGUAUAUAAACUGUGCAAAUGCAUUUCUUUACUUUAUACUGCUACUCACUUACAGCUCAAUUGUGCUUCAUUGUCAGCUCAGAUUUUUUCCUCAUUCGUUGUUGCAAAACUGUCAAUAUAUGCAACUAUAGGCUAUUAUUAAUGCUUGUAAUGCAGUCUAGUUUGGAUAGUGAAUCAUAUUGUUUAGAAGUAAUCCCUUUGUAGCUUUUAACUUCGUUCAGUGUUUUCUUGGUUCUAGGUCUUCGCUUGUAAAAUUUUAUUUUAUUUAGGGACUAGGGAGGUAGUGUGUCCCCUAAAUGAGACCACCAAAGUGAUGUAUGGAGUCUUACAAGCCAUACAAUGCUCAAUGGGAAAAAGUAUCUCUACUUUGCAUAUGUUCUACCAUAGGAAGCCUUGCAAUGAUGGCUUCAGGGAAUCUUCAUCAUCCCUCAUGUUGCUGCUGCAAUGACUUUGAUAGUUCAGGGUAUAUGGCUUUUUUCUCUGUGAAUACUACUUAUAAGCAGUAAACCAGGAGUGCAUUAAAAAGAAUGGAAUAUAUAAGAUCUUGUACCUUUACUUCCUGCUGUAUUCUGCAGCUUUGACUCAAAAGUGCAGACUUCUAGCCUUAAAGGGGUAUUCCAGGAUUUUUUUUAUUUGACUAUGCUACAGGGGCUGUAAAGUUAGUGUAGUUCAUAAUAUAGUGUCUGUACCUGUGUGUGACUGUUUUCUCACAAUUCUUCUGUGAUUUUCACCCCACUAUUUAUUUUUAACAGCAUACAAAAUGACUGUUGUCUCAGAUUUUUCCCAGGUUGCAAUGCGGCCGAGAUUUGACUCUGUAGUCAGCUGAUGACAAGGAGCCUGUCUGCUUCAAUGGGUGGAGGGAUCGCUUGGUGGGAGA